AUGAACCUGCCGGAAUUUCCCUCCGGCAGAGGCGGCGGAACAUCAUCCCCGCCGGGGAAGAAAGAACUCCCGCUGCAAGGUACUCGUCCGCCGUCGCUCAGAGUCAACAAAGACUCCCAUAUCAUCCACAAGACCCGCAAGCCGCCGCUGCCCCCCACCGCGCACCUGCCGCCACCUCCGCCGGAGAAACGAAAACCGGUGAUCAUCUACACCGUGUCUCCCAAAGUCCUCCACGUCACAGUCAGCGACUUCAUGAACGUCGUCCAGAGCCUCACUGGACCAUCCGCCGGCGACGAGCCCGCUCUCCGAUCAGGCGACGUGUCGCCGGCCGCAAGGCUUGCGUCGAUUGAGAGAACGAGCCCGUCAGAGAGGGAGAGAGUUCACGUCGGAGAGGAGGACGUGACGUUGAUGUUGGAAGGAGUGGAGGUGGGUCAGUUCCCCGGAAUAUUGUCGCCGGCGACGCUGCCCCCGAUAUCGCCGGGGUUUUUCUCGGAACUGCAGACGUCGUUUUGGAAUGACCUAAGCCCGUUUUGGUCAACGAACAGCUUCAUCGCAAGUCCGUCGGGGCUGCUAUCCGCCGCCGCGAUUUCUCCGCUGCCGUCGCCGGACAUCUUUAAUCUCUUCGACUAA